AAACGUUCUGACUUCCGUUUUGGUGGAACAGGGCUGUCUAUAGGGUGUGUAAUCGUUAGGCUAACGGCUAGCUCUUUCUUUAUACAGGCUAGCAGCAAACAUCUGUACUUCUGCAAUUUUAAACCAUUUAGGCGAAACCUUCAAGGCAACAACGUAAAUGAACAUCAUUACCUCGAAGAAGUGGGCAGACGUUAACGUUACAACCGAAAUCAUGAGCCUUAUUCUUCCUCAAAAUGGAGUCGUGGAGGGAUCCAUGCACUGCGGCUCAAAUACCUCACCACAGUUUGCCGUAGGAUCUUCAAUAGACUCUUGUAAAGGCAAUGUUGGGCCCAAUAAUACUCUGAAACGGCCCAAGAUCCUGGAUGUCAGCUCAACAAAUGGGUAUGGAACAAAAACCCUUGUGGAUGUCAGCGACAUUGACAACGGCUCAUUGCCGUGUAGUCCUGUGCUACAGCCGGAUAAUGAAAUUGAAGUCUCCAGUUCCCCAGCAGAGUACGAAGUCCUGGAGAAUGACACGAGGCUACUAAUUUGCCACUUCCUUAGAGAUUAUACUGGACUAUCUACACAUCGGUGGACCCGCAGAAAAACUCUAUCGACGAUGAAAAGAGUUGUGGAGGGCGUUUUGGAAAAACACAGAUACGCAUACAAAGGCAUGAUCAACAAACUGUCACUGGACGAGAGAGGGGAUGAUAUGAGUUUUGUCGGCUCAGUGGCCCAGAGCAUCUUCGCUGAUGGGACCACCAACUGGGGGCGGAUUACCAGCCUUUUGGCCUUUGGUGCAGUGGUGUGUCAGUACCUGAAGGAGAAAGGCAGGGAGAACUGUGUGGAGUUGGUGGGACAGGAGAUCUCCACGUACCUGCUGUCUCACCAGCGGGACUGGCUGGUUAAGAACAACGCUUGGGACGGCUUUGAAGAAUUUUUUCGAGUAGCAGACCCAGAGUCUACAGUGAGGACCACACUUAUGGCCUUUGCUGGAUUUGCUGGUAUCGGGGCAACUCUGGCCCUGUUGAUCAGGUGACUUUGGACACUCAAGACUUUUUUUAAAAGAAUGCUGGCAUCUUCUUUUGACACUUCCAUCAGUCUUUUUUUGACAUAACAUGGAAGUGACACUUGGGUCACUGCUGAUAUGUUGAAAAUGUUGGCAGUUCCUUUGAGCACCUUCUAUGACUUGAGUGUUGGUUGAGGAAUAGGGGGCAAUUUAACUUGCCAGCCCCCAGAACCAUUAGGUUUUAUUUAAUUUACAAAGAAAUUUAUUUUUCUAAAUGUAAAAUAAAAUCUUUCUAUGCAAAUGAAUGGUUAUGGGAAGUUAAACAUAUUUUUGCUUUGCUUCUUGCUGAUUACUGUAUGUUUACGAGUGAGUUCCAGAGAGUAAUGUGUUUGUAAGCAAGCAGGAAGGGGGAAGCUGUGUUUUUUUUUUUUCCCCAUGAAGUCCUUUUUCAUGGAUCCUGUUCAUAACUUCUGGAUUCUCUGGACACACAAGCCAUAGGCAUUGGCUUCACAUGAGUAUAGUGAUACUUCCUCCCUAAGAAAAUGUUGGAUCUGCAUUAGGAGGCGUGGAGCAGCCACAUGCAUGACCUUUGGCUAUACAGCAACCUGGAAUGAAAAUAUGAACAAGGACUCUUAAUUUGGACUGAUAUCUGACCCAUAGCUGCAAGUAGCUGAUGGAGCAUGGAGGAAACAGACAAUGAAUAAUCUGUUCAGAUCCUGCUGUAAGUUAAAAUAAAGAAACAAUCGAAUUUGCAUGUUUUGACCUUUUGAUACUGUGUUUCUGUUAGGGCUCUUUUGCAGAGGACAAGUGACUGUGCACCCAUACUGGUUAUGUUGUGCUGAAAUGAACUGCCCAACUUAGAUUAACACCUAUGCAGUUGUCAGCAUUUGAUGUUUAUACACAUCAUAACCCAAGGCGGAGCAAUGACUGCCAUUUCCUAGAAAUUUGAUGAGGUUGUGGCAAGCGCUUCUAUCACAUUGAGCACUCAGCUGCAUCCGCAGAUAUCUCCAAAGAGCUGUUGCACAACAGAUGAAUGCAUGCACCAACUAGAUUGUGAAAGUGGGGUAAAAAACAGUUCACAGCAGCCUCAAAACUGCAUAAGGUGGUCCACAUCCUGGGUACAAAAGUCCUAACUACCUAGAAAC